AUAACCUUGGGUCACUUUUUAAUUUUUUAUCUGUUCACGUGCUGUUUUCACUGUAUUUCGAUAAAACACUUAUCGCUGAAAGUAGUUUAUUAUACAACUGACUGGUCAUUCCAGUGAACGAUCUUCUCUGCAUAUCAUCUGCCUUCCAAAGCUUUCAGUUAUUAAAAAUCUUUUUUUCAUAACUCAUGGUAACACCUGUUGGUAAAUAUACUCGUGACAAUUCAUGUGAUAGCAGCCUUGACAAUGAUGACGAUGAUGAUAAUGACGAUGAAAUCAGUUUAAGCUCUGAAGACGAUCAAAAAUCAAAUAAUGUAUUAGACAAAAAGAAUAAUACACAAUCAAUAUGGUUUCGUGCUCAAAAACGACUUGUCGGCCGAGUGAUGCGAAAUGGACAAUCGAUUAAAUCUAUCAUUGGUAAUCGAGCCUACAAGGCUUUAACUGCUUUAUAUGCUCUUAUGAAAUUAUAUAUUAAACCUGAAAGUGAAGUAAAACAAUUGUACAAGUCAUUGGUUAAAACAAUUGGAAAAAUUGGAGUUAUCUCACAGCAACGCAGUUUAUCUGAAGAAGAUUAUACAAAUAUACAUGAAAUUAAAGAGAAAGGUCGUACAAUUGGCUUAACAUUGAUAAGUUUUGCUCAAACAGAUUAUACAUAUAAUUAUGCUUUUCUUAAAGAACAAUUAGAUGGUUGUAAAGAUAGUAUUUGUCAAGCUGUAACACCAUAUCUAAGUCAAAAGUCUGUUGAACGGAUUAAAUACUUUUUCAAUGUACUUAGUUCAAGUGAUUUUUUAGACGCUGUAUACAAUCAGUCAGCGAAUGAAUCCCAAAAAGCUGAACUACGUAAUUUAGCGAAUCAUUUAAAUCUUUUAAUUAGUCAAAUGAAGUAAAAAAA